AUGCCCAAAUCACGCAUCGCCGCCAUCCUCUUGGGGACCUCUCGUCCGCCUGUCGCGCGACACCAACACUACGUCGACGACAAACCCUACUCGCGCUAUGUCCCAUGUACGGUCCCACUUGGCCAGCCUGAUGACGACCGCCGGUCGUGCCUAGGCCUCCCCCUCUCUUUGCCAUACGAGGUCGAGUCGCUCGAGGACAUGGACGCCCGUCUCGAACACAUUGUCACCCGCCUCCUCGAAUGCGUCAAGGCGUGCGAGUGGUCGCACGGCUUUCGCACAUGGAACUCGGCCCUCAACAUCUGGAUGAGCAUGGGUUACCCCAUGAAGAGGGAGAUCAAGAUCCGCCUCAUCUUCCUGUUCUACGAGAUCAUGUUCAUCCCUGGCAUGAGCACCUCGUUCAUCGAGGACAGGGCCAACGACCUCAUUGCUCUCCUCAGCGACCGUUCCCUCAACAUCCACGACCUUCGCAUGCCAUGGCGCCCCCUGUACGAUGCCCUCUACAACGAGCUCUUCCCCCACCCCAACAAACUCGCCCGCCACUCGGUCAACCUGGCACCGGUGUAUCUCAACGUUGCCGAGAUGGGACAGCGCUUCUUCCACCCUUCCGAGGUGGACGAGAUGCUUGACGUCAUUCUCCCACAGUUUGACCCCAGCAUGGACUCUAUCCUUGCCACCCAACUCUUCUUGGUCCAUUUCUUGCCCAUCUCACACUGCACCAAAUGGCUUCCGAUGAUGUUCCGCCUCUGGUACGGCCUCAACAGUGGUCUCUGGGACGACCAGGCUUCCGACCUCCUCGGCCAGCUUGCCAUUGCCCACGUCGACCCUGCUCGUUCAGACCCGUCACUCCUCGCCCGCAUCCCGCACGGUCGCAUGAACACUCCCGAGGAGCAGGCCAACAACCCCAGCGUUCGCCGUGCCGAGCGCAUGCACAAGCACCGCCUCCUCGACGUCGAGGGCAAGGUCAUCCACGACGCUGAUGGCCUGAACUACUGGGUCGACCCGGCGUUGCUGCCUCCCGAGGAGGAGCACUCGGACCCCAACUGGCGCGGUAUCCGCAAGGACGUCGGCAUCUUCACCGAGCAAGAGUUUGAGUUUGUCAUGUCCAAGUGCCUCCGUUCGCUCAACGUGCCCGUCGGUGGCUCGCUGGCUUCGGCAAACAGCAUGUCCAUCACUGCCUCGGACGCUCGUACCAGCAAGAAGAUUCUGGACGCCAAGAAGCCGAUUGACCGUACACAGUCCCUGGCCGAGGUUAUCAUCUACUCGAUGGCAGAGGACUCGCCCAUUGCGCCGUUUGGAACCGGACCUCCCACCCGCUCGGCCACUCCUGCACCCGGCCAUGCUACCCCUGCCGGCAACAACACCUCCUCUGCCGACCCCAUUGCACGCUUGAGGAACGGUGCCACAGACAUGACUCGCAUGAGCAGCACCGACUCUCUCGCUGCUGCUGGCGAGCGGAUUGAGCUGCACCACAAGUACCUCGCUGGCUCCAAGGCGCUCGACCACCUGUCGCGUCUCAUCACCAGCUGUGAAACCUUUUUCCACCCUUCCAACUCGGGCCCUUGGUCGACCUUCCUUACCGUCUUCCUCUCCCACCUCACCCACAACUUUGUGCAGCGCUGGAAGCAGGAGGAGGAGCCUACCUGCAAGACCCCACCCGAGUGGCGUCUCACCCCAGAGAUCAAGCGCUCGUUUGUCCUCUGUCUUCGCCCCGUCGCCCUCACGGCCAUGUUCAACAAGGACAUGGACUCUGCUCAGCCGGCCAUCUCGACUCUUCGUCGCUUGGCCAUUCUCGAGCCCGACCUCAUCAUGCCUGCUAUCAUGGAGCGCGCCGUCCCGUCGCUGCAGGGUCUCGAGGAGACCCAGCGUACGGCCUCGGUCACUUUUGCCAUUGCCGCUGUUGCUGGGCCCCUCUCUGGCCGCGCCAUCUGGCGCUACGGAGGCAUGUACAUUGCCGACAUUCUCACCCUCUUGCUUCCCGGAAUCGACCUCAACGACCCCACCAAGACCGGUCUCUCGUGCAUGGCUAUUUGCAACAUGGUCGACCACAUCCGCAUUGCAGACAUUUCAGAGUAUGACGAGGCCAAGUGCAAGGCCGUCACUCCCGGAUCGCGCGCUGUGCGGACUUCUCCGCGCACCUUUGUCGAGGACGACCCCAACGACCCCAUCGGCCAGGAGUUUGAGGACCUUUCGCCCGAGGAGGUUGAACAGCGUAUCCGCAUGUCGACCCAGGCGUUCCGCGACUGGGUGCCCGAGUUCCUCGGCCGCGUCCUGCUCCUCAUCGGUAACCUCCCCGAGGAAGGUGGCAAGACCGGUCGUGCAGGUGGCAAGAUUGAAAUGUUGACCUUGCAAAGCGUGCUGCACACCUGCGGUGCCAUCUUUGCGGCUCUCGAUGACCAGCUCUUUGACGCUGCCCUCGAGCAGGUUGUCGAGUACGCCACGACGACCACUCGCUCCAACGCCGUCGACGCUGUUGGCGAACUGGUCAAGAACCUUUCGGCUGCCAACGCGACCAAGACGUUUGAGCGCCUGUUCCCGAUCUGUCGCCAGCGUAUCCUCUCCGAGCUGCGUGGCGGCGCGUCGUCGGUCCGCACGACCACCACAUCGAUCCCCCGCCCGUCGGACGCCUCCCUCCACUGGUGGCUGUCGAUUCUCUACGGCUUCCUCGUCCCCGGCCGCAUCUCGCUCACUGCGCACCGCGCAGAGUACAUGGACCUCAUCAAGACCAUGCUGCGCUGCACAUACUCUGAGCGUGGCUGGGCGUGGACCGGCAAGAUUGUCGAAAAGACCCUCAGCUGCCUUUCGGCGCUCUACCUCAAGGAAAUGCACCUUCUCAACAAGCCCGACCGUGAGAGCGAAGACUUCAAGCUCAACCACACCCUCUGGUGGGGCAAGCUGUACCGCGCGUGCGAAGGCAUGCCCGAGUGGCAGCUGCCUGGCAACGAGGAGAUUGACAUGGCCCUCGAGGUCAUUGGCCUUGCCGACGAGGCCGUCACCACCAUCGAGGGUCUGCUCGACAACCGCACCAGCGAGCUCGAGUGGAUCAACGACUUUUGCCGCGCCAUGAACCUUGUCGACGAGGUGAUUCUCGGCACCUACUCGCUCAUUGCCGAGGCGCCCGGUAUCAAAAAGGACGGCAUGGAGGCCCCCACUUUCCUCCCUGAAGAGCUGACCGCCUUGAGCCGUCCUUACAAGGCCGGUUUCCUCCUCUCGGACCCCAGCGACCCCCGCUACCAGCGUGUUGUUGCCUUCCGCACUCGUGCGGGUAACAUGCUCCACCGUGCAGCGUCCAUUAUGCGCACUGCUGGUGGUGACUCGGACUCGGACAGUGGUGUCGACAGCGUCAAGCUCCUUGUUGCCACCAUGGGCUCGUGGCUCACGUCGUACGGCAUGCGCUCGAAAAAGUACCAGAGCGCCUCGUCGGCGUACGACAACCUCCAGGCCAGCAAGCGCAUGUACGAUGGCCAGCGCAAGCAGCACCGCUCGGUCCUCCUUGGCGCUGCCCAGGUCCACCACAGCAACCGUCUCAUGACGGCCAGCUACUAUCGCCCCCGCGGUGAGCUGGAUGACAAGAUCAUCAAGAGCAUGCUCGAGUUCUGUCUGUCGCCGUUCGUCCGUGUCCGUCGUCGUGCCCAGUCGCAGCUCGACUCGAUCACCAAGACGUACCGCGGCGCAUGGGUCCUGUGCUUCCCGACCCUGUUCGACUCGCUCCAGUCUGGUACCGACCCCGACCGCAUGAAGGGUGCGCUCUACGUGCUCCGCUACAACGCAGUCGGUCUCAGCCGCAUGUCGCGUGACUGGCGCGGCCUCGUGCAGCUUGUCGACUGCCUCCUCAACGCCCACCACGAGCAGAAGGCCUCCGUCCAGGCCCUCGUCACCAAGACUAUUGACGAGCUCCUCUCCAAGCUCCGCGAGCCGGUCACGUUCCGCCUCAACCUGCGUAUUGAGCCUACGGAGCAGGCCGCCGACGAGGUGGCCACCCAGUUGAACAGCUCCAACCAGCCCAACGCCGACCUGAUCAAGCGCACCGACGCUGGUGAGGUUGCGCGCCUCCAGUUCCAGGACAGCCAGUACGACGAGCUCGUCGACCAUGUGAUUGCCAAGUCUCGCGACCCGACGCUCAACUGGCGCUACCUCCAGGCAGCUGCGCGCUUCCUGUACGCCAUGACUCGUCGCGACCGCCCCACCGACCCGCGCCUGCUCCAGUUCUUCCUCGGCAACGUCGGCAACGCCCACCCACGUAUUCGCGACUAUGGUUCGGCCGGUCUCACGCGCAUGCUCUUCCAGGCCACUGUGCGGUCAUUCUCGGUCGACUCGCCGGAACGUCUGUUCCUCCAAGAACCCUUUGACCCCUUUGCAACUGUCCUCGACCUGACCAAGGAGAUGACGCCGGAUUUCACCACAAACUAUCUCCAGGCGUUCCGCGAGGACCCCAAGCCCAACUCUGUCCUCCAGGACCGUAUCGACUCUGGAUGGCUGUGCUGGGGCCGCAAGAUGGAGGUCUCGCGCUUCUCGGGAUGGGACGAGACCGUCUUCGACCUCGAGGCGGCGUGCAAGCCUGCUGUUGGCAGCGUCGACGCCGCCAUUGCCGACCCGGCCUGGUGGAAGAUGCUGGCCGACUUUUGGUCGCAGGAGGAGACGCGCAACUACCCUUCGGCCAACCACAUUGACCUCAUCCUCGCCCUGUGCCAGGUCAUUGGCCGUCCCGUGUUUGACCAGAUCCGUCCCCUCGUCGAGGGCAUGGUGGCCGGCAUGGAGGAGAAGAAGGUGUACGACCGCCACAUUACCCGUGCCGUCUGGGAACUGCUUGCUGGUCUGCUGCGCGGUACGUGGGAGUGGUCGGGCAAGGACCGCCAGGACUUUUGGGACUGGUUUGCUCCUCUGCUCCCCGAGCUGUUCCGCAACAUCCGCCAGGACACGGUCAAGUGCUGGGACAUUACCGUCGAGUAUGUCCUCCAUGAGCAGGACCCGCGCCGCUACAAGCCCCUUGUGGACUUUAUGCUCAACACGGCGCUCGCCGCCGACUUCCAGGGCGGCUCGGCGUUUGACCUCACGCGCCGCGUGCAGCUGUGCCGUUCGGUCCUACGCUGCCUCCGCUGGCGCUUUGCUGCGUGGUCCCCCGAGUUUGAGCAGCUGUACUUUAAGGCUCUCGACUGCCCGUACGCCGAGGUCCGCGCCUUGAUUGGAUCGGUCCUCAACGGGCUCGACCAGCUCAAGUGGAACGCAUCCUACCCGACUGCCACCACUUUGGUCAAUGACAUUCUCGCCGACCCAGAGGGCAGCAAGGACAUUAUGGGCAUCCGCUCUGUGCCCUUCCAGAGACAGCUGGACGGGAUUAUCGCCAACCUCAAGGAACUGCGCAAGACGCGUCCUCACGGCCCCAAGGCCAUCCUCUCGCCGCACGACACGACGGCCGUCACGCUCAUGCACUGGCUCGCCAUCGAGCUCUCGGACGUUCACUCGGUCGGCACGUACCCGUACCUCGUCCCGAUCCUGCCCGAGAUCUUUGACCUGCGCGAGAUGAACGACAACAUUGAGAUGCAGAGCAACGCCGGCCGCCUCCUUGCGCUCAUCACCUCGAUCACGCCCGCAUUCUCCCUCAUCGAGCCGCUCAUGUACCAGCUCAUUUCGAUCCUGCAAAACUCGACGAGCUGGCGCACAAAGAUGCACUGCAUGCCAGUGCUCAGCCUGACAUACUUCCGCAACCUCUCGCUCCUGUCCGAGCCGUGCAAGGCCAAGUGUCUCGACGUCAUCUCCAGCUGCCUCAAGGACCAGAACCAAGAGCGCUCCAUGGUCGUCGUCCUCAAGGACCGCUUCUCCCGCGAACUGGAGAACAUCAAGCUGCCCCGCCGCGUCCUCAGCCCGGGCAACGUCAACCCGGCGUACCAGUCCAAGCUCGUGGAACUGCACGCCGCCGUCCUGGGCGCCGUGGCCAUUGUCGAGGCGUUCCCAUACACCGUACCGAAGUUUAUCCCGCCCCUCCUGGCCGACACGCUUGCCCCGCGCGUCUCCGAGCCCAUGCCCAUCAGCGCUACGAUCCGGUCGUGCAUUGCGUCGUUUAAGCGCACGCACGAAAAGUACCAGGAGAGGAUGACAGAGGACCAGCUCGCCUUGAUGAACUAUGCCCAGGCGGGUAAUUCAUACUAUGCAUAA